UCUCGACUCCUCAUUGUUGAACAACUGAUCGUUUGUUUCGUCACAAUUCCCAUUCAUGUUGAUAUCACGUGAGUCAGCUGUCUUGAACUACACGAGCGUGACGAAUAGAACGCGGUGUCAAUCAUUAUUAUGACGUCACUAUCGACAAGGGGAUUCAUCUCGAGUUUGUUGUUACGUCACAAACCACUCUCACGUGUUACCAGUUGUUGCUAUGCGACAUUUGUGCAUGACGUCACUACCAUAGAAACAUAAUACAUGACCACCUGAGGGCGCUAAAGGGCUACAUGUCACGUGGCAGUUAUCGAGCGAUAGUUACGUCACAAUAAGGAUUGAUUGAAACCUCUUGUUAUGGAUUGUGACGUGACAAUGGCGAUGGCUGCAUCUUCGAGAAGACAAACAACUUGAAGAUGUUCAGGUUAAGCUCUUUUGUGUGGUUUGUUUACGUCAUAGCUACGUUUGUGCCGUCACAAGCAACAGAACAUGAAAGUCAUUCUUUACGUCAUAAAGAGAGUGAGGAUGGGAUAAAAGACGACGAACAUGGAACGGAAGUGACGCGACAGAUCGAAGCCAUGUUCCGGGUCCAUUCAUACGAACUUAGCAUUAAGCCCUGGAACCAUGGCAUCCCUAUCACAGUUGGCAUCUCCCUCAUGAUCGAAAGCAUAACCGGUAUAUCGGAAAAGAACAUGGACUUGACGUUUACGUUGUGCGUACAUGAGACAUGGUUGGACGAAAGAUUAAGGUUCAAUGUUGGGCCAGCAUCGUCAAAGCAAUCAUCGAGUGUCGUUCUACCAAGUCGGUUGGUGCAAAAGAUCUGGGUACCAGAUUUAUACAUCGUGGGUUCAAAGAGUUCGUUCAUUCAUUCAACCACCGUUGAUAACACAGUGCUGAGGUUGUUCACCGAUGGCCGCAUCAUAUAUAACGUUAAGUUGACAACAACAGUGGCUUGUCAGAUGAAUCUAUACAACUUCCCAUUGGAUAUGGAGAAUUGUUCGCUAACAUUGCAGAGUCUGGGGUACAAUAGCGACGAAUUGCUGCUUGAAUGGUCGAAUACCAACCACAAGGGGUCGCUGUUCCUGGAUUCGAAGCUUGUACAAAACAUGCCAAAGUUUCGAUUGGUCAACCAUUACUUUCAUACACUUAACGUUACGAACAAUGAGAUGGGAAGUUUUGCAGGGUCGCCCACCUCCCAACUUCAAGUGAAUUUUAUCUUUAAAAGAUAUUUGUUGUCCGUGUUCUUCCAAUCUUAUUUUCUAGCGAUGUCGAUGGUGGUGCUGGCGGGGUUGGGGAUGUGGAUUGACCCCAAGUCGGUGCCGGCAAGGGUGGCUAUAAGUGUGACGUCAGUGCUUACGUUGUCAACUAUCAUCACCGGGUUGAAGACGUCACUUCCGAAAGUAUCGUACCUGACAGCGAUGGAUGUCUAUUUAUGGGUCAGUUUCCUUUUCGUGUUUUCAACGGUUCUCGAAUUUUGUGUGUUUAAUUAUAUUAUGACGAAACAAAGAAAGAAAUUCAGGAAGGUUUCACAGGAAAGUUCAUUGUUAGGGAACAAACGACGAUUAUCACGAAGUAGAAGAUGUCGCAAGCCGAACACGAAAGGGCGCGACCUCGUCGAUCAGCAAAUAGUGACGUCACUGACAAGAGAUUUUGGCCGCAAAGAGAAGAAUGAAAGAGAUCAUAACACAGAAGAAAGGGCAUUUUUAUGUUUACAAUGUCAAGUGUCAAGAAGAAGCGAUAACAUUGACGUCAUAUUUAGACUUGGAUAUUUCGUUUCGUUCGUCGGGUUUAAUAUUAUUUAUUGGAACUAUUACAUCACAAUGGCGUGUCGAGUAUAUAACUUAUGAUGUCAUAAUACUUAUGUAUGACGUGAAAUAUAACUUGUUCUCGUUUA